AGAGAGAGAGAGACAGAGACAGAGAGAGGAGGGGGAUUCAACGGAAUUCGCAGCCGAUGCAAAAGCUGCUCGCUCAUGGUCGUGUUGGCGCGGUUCCGUGAAACACUGCGGUAAACAACGCCGUAUAUCGGUUCAGUCAGAUCUGCAGCAGGAUGAAUGGACGCUGCGGACGGACAUUGUAAAGAAAACUGAACACAGCAGCAACAUGAGGCGCGAAUGAGAUUGCCAGCAUGUCUUUCAAGAAGGAGACGCCACUUGCCAAUGCUGUGUUUUGGGCAGCGAGGAAGGGAAACUUGGCUUUGCUUCAGCUGUUGUUGAACAGCGGCCGAGUGGAUGUCGACUGCAAAGAUGGAUACGGCACCACAGCAUUAAUGGUGGCGUCAUACAGCGGUCAUUAUGAUUGUGUCCGGGAACUCAUCAUGCAAGGUGCAGAUAUUAAUGUGCAGAGAGAGACAGGUUCCACCGCCCUCUUCUUUGCCUCACAGCAGGGCCACAAUGAAAUUGUCAAGCUCCUGUUUGAGUUUGGAGCGUCCACAGAGUUUCAGACAAAGGACGGGGGAACGGCGCUCUCGGCGGCCUGUCAGUACGGUCACUCCAAAGUGGUGGAGACCCUGCUGAAGAACGGCGCCAACGUCCACGACCAGCUCUAUGAUGGCGCGACGGCCUUAUUUUUGGCGUCCCAAGAGGGUCACGUGACCGUAAUACGGCAGCUUUUGUCAUCCGGGGCUAAAGUCAAUCAACCGCGAGAGGAUGGCACAGCUCCUCUCUGGAUGGCAGCCCAGAUGGGACAUAGUGAGGUGGUGAAAGUUCUGCUGCUACGAGGCGCAGACCGCGAUGCAGAUAGAAAAGACGGCUCCACGGCUCUGUUCAAGGCUGCGCAUAAAGGCCACUGUAACGUCAUUGAGGAGCUCCUCAAGUUCUCCCCUUCACUCGGCCUCCUCAAGAACGGUUCUACAGCUCUUCAUGCCGCCGUCAUGGGCGGGAAUCCAAAAACUGUUGAACUUCUGCUGAAGGCAAAUGCAGAUCCAGCUUUACCCAACAAGAACAACGAACUUCCGGAGGAUCUGACGAAGAACGAGCGCAUCUUGAGAGUCCUGCGACCGCCCCUGCUGAACGCAGGGAGUUGAUGACUGCUGGCUUUGGUCUUAUAGCUCUCUGCCGUCUUAGUUUUUAAGUCGAUGAAAAGUGAAUGCACUACAUCCUCCUGAGAGAGGACAAAUCAGAGCAGCCGCUGCCCGUAACAGCUUUCCUGUCUCCUACAGCCAGUGUUAUAAUGGUGCUUGCUUGCAACAACACAAAUGCACUGAAAAGCAGAAUUGCUUAUUCUUCAUCUUGGAAAUGUGACAUAAUGUUUUUUUUUUUUUUUUAGUCUAAAGCAUUUAUUACAUUUGUAUAUUUUGAGAUAAGCAGCUUAUGCUUUUUGUUUAAAAAAUUAAAUGCAUAAAAAGUUUGUUUUAUAAAAUCUAUAAAUUAUUUUGGUAAUAUUAUUUUAGUAGCAUCUUGUAGCCUGCAAAUAUAUUUGAAUUAAUAGCAUGUUUUUAUUAAAAGAGCUCAUGAAUCAGUGUUUGUGUCAUACCAAUACUAAAACAGAGAAAGGAAAAAGCCAGUCACAACUCAAAAAAUAAAAUAAAAUAAAAUAAAAUAAUAGUCACGACACAAUUAAAAAGGUGAAUAGUUGGAAGGAAAAA